AACCUCUUUUAUUCAAAUGAUGAAAUAAGAAAAAAUAAACAGAAAAAAAAGAAUCAUGUCGGGAAAAUACAACAAAAUUGCUUGAAAAUGGACUACUGAUCAGACCUCUGAUCGGAUAUGAGGUUCAAAACAAUGUAGAUAGUUGAGAGAUAGUUGAUGAAAGCCAAAAUGUCAGGCGGAAAAGCUCUUCGAGCGGUGAUGGAACGGGGCAAAGCAAGAGCGAUUAAGCAAUUGACGUUUGGUAAAGAUAAAUCUGCAGGAAGAAAUUCAGCGGGUCGUAUUACCAUAUUUCACAGAGGCGGUGGGUCGAAGCGUUUGCAGCGAAUAGUUGAUGUGAAGCGCAAUACGCCCUCUAAAUCUACUGGCAUUGUUGAACGCAUCGAAUACGACCCAAAUCGCUCCUCUCGCAUUGCUUUAGUGCGAUGGCUGUCGGGAGUAGACCACCUCAAACGCAAGCACAAAGGCGAGGGUUCUGCUUCCACUCCCCCACCUCAAAUGCCGAAAGUUAAGGCCCCCACCAAUGCUACAUAUUCUUUCUCCUCCUUCAAGGGUACGAUGAAGGGCUUGCCUUCCAUCUUGUCUGCAACUGCAACUGCAUCUUCAAGUUCUUUUUUGCCAAGGAUGGCAGUGGCCGGGGCAAAGCCUACUGUUUACGCUCCACGAACGGCAGAAAAGCAGAGCAAAAAAACCUACGCUCUGAGCGAGGUUAAUAGGUGGGGAGACGGCCGUCCGAGCAAAAAGGAGCUUUCAUGGACUUCUUCUAGUUCUUUGCUGGAUUCUGGUAAGAAAGUUCAAAAAUCAAGUCAGAAGAAGAAGAGGAAGAAGAUGAAUAAAGAUAAUUCUGGUGCCUACACAGCUGAUCGUGCACUUGUCAGUUAUAUAUUGGCUGGUCAGCAAUUGGAACCAGGCAAGAUGGUAAUGAAUUCUGGAUCUGAAUCCUUACAUGAUAGUACUAGUAGCAGUCAGCAAGAAUCCCAACUGCACUAUCAGUAUGCUCUUGAUCCACACAAUCAAGUAGGAAAUUGCAUACCAUUAGCUGAUAUGCGUUUGGGAACGUUUAUACAUAGUAUUGAAUUAUUGCCGGGUCAAGGUGCACAGCUGACUCGAGCUGCAGGAACCCAUGCUAAAAUAGUGAAGAAGAAUGAAACUCACUGCCUUGUGCGGUUGCCUUCAAAUGCUGAAAAGGUGUUAGACUCUCGAUGCCGAGCCACUAUUGGUAUGGUUUCCAAUCCCAACCAUGGAGCACGGAAGCUUGUUAAAGCAGGACAGAGCCGGUGGCUGGGCAGACGUCCUGUUGUUCGAGGUGUUGCUAUGAAUCCUGUGGAUCACCCCCAUGGAGGAGGUGAAGGACGCACAAAAGGAGGCCGACCUUCAGUUUCACCUUGGGGAAAGCCCACCAAAGCUGGAUAUAAAACAAGAAGCCCCAAAAAAGCUCUAUCUUUUACAAAAUCGUUUUGAUAAUCAGCAGAAAUGGGUUACACCUUUUGGCAUUUCCAAUUUGAUAUCUUUCAUUUACACAUUCAAAGAAUGUUUAAAUAAAAUUAGGUGAUUGCUUAUCCUCCCUUCUUGGUCACCAUGAACAAUUUUUCAGUUUCUGUAAGAGACAUUUUCAUGGUUGACUGUUGGUUCAAAAAAUAUAAAGAAGGGAUUGGCCUGAUGAUGUCAUCAGUUUGUUUGAGUACUUCCCUUGUAGAAUUGGGAAACAAUUUAUACUUCUAGUUAAAUUUUUUAUCUAAAUCAAAUCUCAGUUGCUUUCUUGUCUGUUGUA